ACUGCCUCUCGUUCCCCUCGCUCCGGCGCGCGCUCUCACUCUGAGCAGCUACAGCGCUAAAUAAGUGAGAAGCUUCUCACAGCCACUUAAGCAUCCGCCGCAACAGCAGCACCAGAAAGCACAGUCGUCCUGGCAAUCAAGGAACCGGUGAUCUGAUAUCUUCAGCUUCUAGGACUUCUUUUUCCGAAGUCGCCUUUCAGGUCCCCUUCACCAACCCAUCCUUCCCCUCCCUCCCCAAGCACGUAGAGCACCGGCAGGGAUGCCACAUUUCUCCUGCGUAAUCUGCCUUGGAAUAUAUACGGGAUGAUGAUUCGGUAUCCAUAGCCACGGUUAACGUUGGCUGACUUCAACCAUCUUUCUGGAGGUUAUCUUGACGUAUUACUAAUGCUGUUGUUUUCUGACUGUUUUGUUUUGACUGACAGAUGAUUGUAAUGUAUUCACGAAGCUGAUGAGGUGAUUAAGGCAUUGAGUUGGACAGAAAUCAACGCCAAGUGCAGUGGAUCAGGGAGUUUGAUCGCGUCCGCAGGCGAGCAUCCCUCAGUACCCCAGAUUUUACGCAUCCGAGAACUCCAGCCUCCUGAUUCUGCUGGAAUUACGGGGUGGCAGGACCAGUGACGGGGGGAAAUAUUUACUUUGAUUACAGUCGAGAAGACGAGUCACUCUGACCCCUGUGCAGCUACCGCUACUGUGUCUUUUCUAUCACACAAACGUGUUUGAUGUAUUUUACCUGUGUGCGGGUGAACUGACCACCCCUGCCAGCCCAGAUUUUGCAAUGCCAGGGCAGUGAGGAGGUGGAUUUAAUUUCGUCGUCUUGCACGGUAGCAUGGCUCCGUCCCGGAGGGAAUGCAGAUGGGAGAUGAUCUUUCUGUCGGGAUGUGUGCUUCUGUCCGUUUGGGGAUUGCAACCGGCGCUAUCGAAAGUCUGCAACGACUACUCGAGGCACGGACAGGACAACUCUUGGUACAUGGGCAAAGACAAAAAAUUGCCCAUCAUGGUGCUGAUGCCGAUGAACGAGUCUGCGCUGAUGAGCGGCAUCAGCCAGGGCAUCGAGCCUGCAGUCGAACUGGCCAUCAGGCACAUACGCGAGUCCCGUCAGUACUCCUUCUCACUUGUCACCGAAAUCUACGACACUGAGUGUGAUAAUGCAAAAGGAUUGAGGGCCUUCUUCGAUGCAAUAUGCUACGGCCCCAAACACCUGAUGAUCUUCGGUGGGGUUUGCCCGUCGGUGACGUCCAUCAUCGCCGAGUCCCUGGAGGGGUGGAACCUGGUGCAGCUGUCCUUUGCUGCCACUACACCUGUCCUGGCCGACAAGAAGAAGUACCCCAGCUUCUUCCGGACUGUUCCGUCGGACAACGCCGUGAACCCCGCCGUGGUCAAGUUCCUCAACAUCUACAAAUGGAGCCGCGUGGGCACCCUGACCCAGGACGUCCAGCGCUUCUCAGAGGUUCGUAACGACUUGACUAACGAGCUUGAGAAGGCCGACAUCCAGAUCGCCGACACUGAGAGCUUCUCCAACGAUCCCUGUGUCAACGUCAAGAAGCUGAAGGACAAUGACGUGAGGAUCAUAAUUGGGCAGUUUGAUGAGAACCAUGCCUCCAAGGUCUUCUGCUGUGCCUACAACCUGAACAUGUAUGGUAGUAAGUACCAGUGGAUCAUCCCGGGCUGGUACCAGGGGAACUGGUGGGAACAGGCCAACUCCACCAACUGCACUACCAAGAAGCUGCUGACGGCCAUGGAAGGCUACAUCAGCGUGGAUUUCGAGCCGCUCAGUGCCAGGCGGAUCAAGGGCAUAUCGGGACGGACGCCACAGGAGUACGAGCGAGAGUACACAAAGGAGCGUGAGCAGAAGGGCGUGGAGCCCAGCAAGUUCCACGGCUUCGCCUACGACGGCAUCUGGGUGAUCGCCAAGACGCUGACGCGCGUCAUGGAGCUCCUGCGGCACAAGGAGCGGCACGAGCACAACUUCACCGUGGACGACCGCGAGGUGGGCCGCCUCGUGCUCGACGUCAUGAACGAGACCAACUUCUUCGGCGUGACGGGUCAAGUCAUGUUCAGGAAUGGAGAGAGAAUGGGAACCAUUAAAUUCAAUCAGUUUCAGGAGGGACACGAAGUGAAGGUGGGAGAGUACAAUGCCAUUGCAGACGUGUUGGACCUUAUCAACAACACCAUGAGAUUUCAAGGGGUGGAGCCUCCUAAGGACCGGACGUUUGUGCGUCUCCAGCGCUGGCACAUCAGCGUGGCACUCUACAGCAUCCUCUCCACCAUCACCAUCCUGGGCAUGCUUAUGGCCGGGGCCUUCCUCUUCUUCAACAUCAAGAACCGGAACCACAGGAUGAUAAAGAUGUCCAGCCCUUACAUGAACAACCUGAUCAUCCUCGGCGGGAUGCUCUCCUACGCCUCCAUCUUCCUCUUCGGCCUGGAUGGCUCCUUCGUCUCCGACAAGGAGUUUGAGGCCCUCUGCACUGUCCGAACGUGGAUCCUUAUAGUGGGCUACACGACAGCUUUCGGCGCCAUGUUUGCCAAGACCUGGAGGGUCCACGCCAUCUUUAAGAAUGUGAAAAUGAAGAAGAAGAUCAUUAAGGACCAGAAGCUGAUGGUUAUCGUGGGCAGCAUGCUGCUGGUAGAUCUGUGCAUCCUGAUUUGCUGGCAGGUCGUGGACCCGCUCAAGAGGACAGUGGAGGAGUACAGCUUGGAGCCGGACCCCCAGGGACGCGACUUUGCAAUCCGGCCCUUCCUGGAGCACUGUGAGAACACACACAUGACCAUUUGGCUGGGGAUCGUCUAUGCCUACAAAGGCCUCCUGAUGCUGUUCGGCUGUUUCCUGGCCUGGGAGACGCGCAACGUGAGCAUCCCGGCGCUCAACGACAGCAAGUACAUCGGCAUGAGCGUCUACAACGUGGGCAUCAUGUGCAUCAUCGGUGCCGCCGUCUCCUUCCUGACCCGGGAUCAGCCCAACGUGCAGUUCUGCAUCGUGGCUCUGGUCAUCAUCUUCUGCAGUACCAUCACCCUCUGCCUGGUGUUUGUGCCCAAGUUCAUAUCCAUGAGGACGAACCCAGACGCGGCUACCCAGAACCGGAGGUUAAACUUCACCCAGAACCAGAAGAAGGAGGACUCCAAGACCUCCACUUCGGUGACCAGCGUCAACCAGGCCAACACUUCGCGCCUGGAUGGCCUCCAGACGGACAACCACCGUUUGCGGAUGAGAAUAACAGAGCUUGACAAGGAAUUGGAGGAGGUGACCAUGCAGUUGCAGGACACGCCCGAGAAGACCCCUUACAUCAAGCAGAACCACUACCAGGACCUCAACAACAUCCUCAGCAUAAGCAAUUUUACAGAGGGCAAAGAGGGUGAGAAGACCAUCCUGAAGAACCACCUGGAACAGAAGCCGCAGGCCCAGUGGGGAUCCAUGGAUCCUUCCAGAAUAAGCAGAGGUCCACUGGAGGACAUCAACUCACCUGAGCAUGUACAGCGCAGGCUCUCCUUGCAGCUGCCCAUCCUGCACCACGCCUACCUGCCCUCCAUAGGGGGGGUGGACGCCAGCUGCAGCAGCCCCAACGCCAGCCCCGGAUCCAGCCCACGGCACAGACACAUGCCCCCCUCCUACCGGGUCAUGGUGUCAGGCUUGUGAGGAACAACCACUUCGCCCCCCUCCAACCACCCCCACCUGCCUCCAACCCAACACCACCUUCUCUGUCCUGGCCCUGCCCCUGGACCCCCACCCCCCCAUUCCCACCCCCUAUUUAUAACAUGAGGAACUGGGAGAAUAAGAAGAUGAAUGGAUGGACUGAAUUGGUCAGCGAUUAAAAGGAUGAGAGAAAAAUGCAUAUGAGGGAACGGGGGAAGGGGAGUCUUACCACACAUCCGAGGUCCUACACAUUCUACUCCCUCCAUCUGGCCACUAGCAUCAGAUAAUCAGAGAAUGGACUGAUCAUCAGGGGCUAGGAGUUGCUGGUGGGAGGGGUGGGGGGGAUGAGGAAGGUUGGGUGAUGGUUACCAUGGAGGUUCUCAGAUGUCUCAUGGUCUGCGGAGAUCACUUGCGUUUCCUUUGAUCCCCCUCCCUAAAUCCCCAACAUCUCCCCUAGACUGCAGAGACGAGCGGCAGAGGACACCACUGACCUGUAGCCUUAUCUGCUUUAAGAAAAAAGACGAAAAGGGUUUUUUCGUUUAAAUUUUUUAUUUGGUUAUUUUCUUUUAUAUGAUGUACGUCUUGGUUUCCCCUCAAAACUUGAGCAGGUUGUGAACUUGUCCGAUGUUUAGUAGUGCACUGAUGUAGUCCAUCGUAAGAGAUGUGACAGGGUUUCAGCUCAGGCCUAGAACUCGUAGAGCUGACCAUGCCGACGGACAUGUAAAUACCAUGCUUUGACAGCAGAUUUCAGUAAUCUUAUAUUAGGAAUGCCACAUUUAGCUGACCAGGAAAUGAUCGGAACACAUCAUCCAAAAGUUCCUGAAAAACAAUAUAUUGAUAUUGGCGACCAACCACACAAAAAGUAAAUACUGAUUUUAAUUGAGGCUAACCAUAUCAACUAAAACAAAACGUCAGCUUCAUGGCAACAGAGUGACUGGUAAAUGAAGUUUGAUUUGUAAAUCCCACACAUCAUCAGAAACCGGGGCCAAUUCUUUCCAAUGAAGUGGGCUAGUACACACUUUUUCUCACUUUUGAUAAAUCUGCAUUAUAACUUGUUUUUCCUUUAAAACGACCCAUGACUUUGCAUACACCAAUUACGGCUCACACACCAUCACAUGCUGUGCAUAUGACUGAAGAGUAGGUGGGAGUGGCAACACAAUAAAACAAACUAGAGACCUCACAGAACAAUAGGAGAUGAAUCUGGGUAAAAAAAAAAAACACUUUAUGUAUCUUUGUAUGUGCACACCAACACUCACAGGCAAAAAAAAGAAUCUUUUUUCCCCCUGUUGUAUCUCCUGAUAACGUUGGGGCGAAUCUCGCUGAGUCGGUCCAUGGGCCAGUCUUCCAUUGCAGCUGGGAGUCUAUCCUCCAACCUGGGGCGGGGGGGGGGGGACGACUGAAAUCCUUUAAGGGCACAGGGCACAAGAGGACAGACACAGCAUCGGGGCUGUGGACAGACCUUGGGCGGACACUGUUUAUCUGGAGAAAAAAAAAGUGUGUAUGGAUGCAAACAUGCUAGUAGGGAUGGCCAAACGUAAGGGUUUCGUCAUGCCUGCAUGCCAUGUGCCUGCUGCAAAAAGAGGAGAAUAUAUGAAUGGUGGAGGCCACUGGAGUGCAACCCGACUACAGCUUGGAGUGGAAUAACAACUAUGGGGAAGACGGACUGGCCAAUGGGAGUUCAUAUCCAGCUGUCAAGCCAGUCGUUCGUUUUUUUUUUCUAUUAUCAUUUUUAUACUGUUAUUUUUGUUUUGUUUUGUUUUCAAUCAGGAAAAGUGAACACCUGUCAAACCUUUCUAGAUGUGAAUCGAGCCAAAAAAAUAUAUACGGGGUGGGGGGCUUUGAUUGAGAUCUCACGGUUGUCAGCAUACCCUCCCUCACACAACAGACUGAAUCACAGUCCAGGAGAAAAGCACAGAGUGGUGUUUUUAAAAUAAAUCAUCCGGCGCUAAGCAACAGUGAACAUACCUCAUAGUUGCUAUAGAGAUGCAAGUCAGUGCUGUGAAAUUUGUCCAAAGUCUUGCAUAAAUAGGGUGUAGAAAACACACACACACAAACUAACACACACACAGCAGUUGUCAGACAAUUAUUUUGUAAAUCUGUGAUGAGACAACAAACAUGAAAUGUAUUCCGAAUACUUUUUUGGAUAAGCUAUGUAUUAUCAAUAUCUAUGAGGAUUUGUCGAGCAAAAUAUCUCACCAUUGGUGUCUUGGUUUUAGUUUAUGUUUGUUGAACGCUGUGCCUGUUGUUGAAUAUUGGUCCCCUACAGGAAAUGUUAUACCUUGCUUCAGCCUGGUUAAGGAACAUGACACAGAUUAUCUCGAGAGUGGAAUGCGACAACAAAUAACACAAAAAGCUUCCCGGAUGUUCCCUCAAGCGGGAGAGACCGGUAUGGGUUCAGAACUUCGGAUGCUCUCUCCUCUCGGGCCAGGGAAAACAUGGUUCGUCUGUGUACUUUGUACAAACUGGCUUGGUUCUUCUGACGUUUGUGAAGCCAAGGCCUCUCUCUCUCUUUACCAGUCAGAUGACAGCGGCCACUAAAAACAAAACAAAAAGGACACUGGGGUUUGUUGUUCUUUCAGAGACACACAUUUUUUAUAUAUAUAUUACAUUACAUGUGAUUGUGUACUACAACUUGCUGAUGCCCUGAUGGUGUCUGUGUAUGGAAAUAUUUGGUAUUCGGCUUCCUGAAGAUGGCAUGAAAUAAAAUGUUUAAGUCACAUAGAGUUAGUUCCGUUUGUGCGACUGUCGUGACCAAAACUUCACUUUGAUUCCAAGUCCCUCACACAUCACACAGCAAAUUACUCCAGAACUCUCCUACGCUCUUUGAGUCCAUUAUAAGUCCGUACCCAUAUCAGUGAACAUCAUGCAUCAGAUCGUUUUUAGAGCCAAGUGUCGCAACAAAAUAGUUCCCCUAUAGUGGAACUGUGUUUGUACAGAACACUCUCAUUUUCUAUGUAGACUGUAACGUUCUUCAUUUGACAAGGCUCAGAAUAAAGAGCACAACAUUAACAGGACCUAUCUAUCAACACCAUCAGUGAUGGACUCAGAAAUUGUCCACCAUCUGUUGUUGACAAGAAAAGCCAAAUGUUGGCAUCGUUGAUUUGCUUACAGGUUUUAUGUCCCAUAUUAUUUCGUAAUACACUCUAAAUAGGUCAGUACAACGGUGGUGGCUAAAGGGCUUCUACAUACUUUAGUGAACUGAUUGUUGGAAGGAUGAAACCAGACCCAUUUGAUUUAUUUUAUUCUUUGAUUCUAAUCGAAAUGGUAAUAUGUGUUCUUGAUAGAAAUUUUGAAAAAAAAAAAACAAUACUGUGCAAAAGUCUUAAAGGUUUUAGCUGCAUGGACAUUUUUGCAUUACAAUGCUUUUCCAAGAAAGUUGUGCUGAAAAGUGGGCUUCUCCCUUUAGUCUUUGAAAUAAAUGUAGCCGAAUGUAGUUAACAAGUUAGAAAUCAUUUUAAAAAAAAAGUUCAUCAAGGCAAUAAUACAAAAAAAAGUUAUUUGAUAAAUUUACAUAUGCUGCUUUAGCUGAUAAGAAUCCAAAGAUCUGGACUUUUUAUACAUGUAUACAUACAUUUAUACAUGAGUGGAAAAGGCAGUAUACUUCAGACUUUUGCACAGCACUGUUGUGUUAAAAUAUGAAACGCAGACAAUACUUCAUCUAUAGAUACAAUAUAUUACAUAUAUAUAUAUUUCCAUAUUAAAUGUCACUUCCAUAUAUGGUAUUCUAUGCAUAGAUUGUUGAAUUUAUUUUAAAUGUGUUUUCUUAAUAAAUUCUAACAGUGCAGAACAUAGCAUUUAUGAAAGUGGCAAUAAAUGGUUCUCAGAUAUAGCCUACCUUGAAAGAAUGAGAGAUGCUAAACUUAAAAAAAUAAAAUACAAAGGCAUAUAUUUUAAUAGCAAAUAUAUGUACUAUUACAAAUGCAUCUUCACUGGAGGGAAAGACUGUCCAAUCCAGCACCUCCACACUGCUUAUUGCAACAACUUCUUGUUCCUUACAGCGUGUGUUUGUGUUUAUGUACUGUAAUGUACAGAUGUUUAAUGACAAACCAUGUACAUUGAAACUCUGCACAGGAUUCACAAGGACAUUUUUUCUAAAACCAUUGAUUGUUCUGACAGGUUAGGUCACAUGUGUCAAUGUGCAGGACUUUGCCUUUUGUUGUUGACAUUUAGAUGAAAAAAAAGUCAGCACAAUGUUUGUUGGGGAACACCUACCACAUCCUCUGCUCUAGAUUGACAAGGUGUUUCAGUAUUUGGCUGUUGGGAUUCGGGAUUCGGAUCAGGUCACUUGUCCUGUGAUCCACAGAUGGUGGGGCAUUUAUAGAAUACAACAGAACUCUCCACACAAAGCUGUCACUGUUUGCUUGUGCUUUGACUUAGGGUCGAUCACAAAUUUCAGUUCUAUCUUUCAAUUACUUGGCAAGUGGACUAAAUGUGAAUUUACCUUUUUGUCUCAAGUCCAUCUUUUUAAACUUUCUUUUCUUUUCCCAAACUGAUCACCAGAAGGUACGUUGUGUUGCGGGUGAGAUAUUCGAAAUACAAACAAAAAAACGUUGUUGUACACAGACAGUGGUGGUCCACUACCAAGGAGGUCUUUAUGGCAUAACUUUUUAUAAGAGUCUCACAGGCAAUAAAAGCUCCAACAAAGUCCACCCUGUUGUGAAACACCUCUUUAAAUUUUGAAUUGUUCCUCUAUAAAAGGUAUAUAUUUCUUUGAUCUGUGUCUGGGACAAUGCGCAAUGGGGCUCUAGGAAUCAAUAAUACUGUACAACAUUUUUGAACAAAUGUUGGUCAGGAUGGACAACUGUUUUACGGUUAUUGGCCAAGGGACAGUUGUAUGAUGAUACACAGGCCACCUCAGCAUCCUAUGAGAAAGACAGACUUAUCUCGAUGUACAUAUUGUAUACAAGACAUUUUUCUGUAGAGGUAUUAUAUGAUAGUGUGUGUAUGUGAGUGUGUGUGUGUAUGGGGUGGGAAAGUGUUAAAAUGAAAAGAUAAAAAAAUGAAGAAAAAAAAUGGAAAAAAAACAAACAAAAAUGAAUGUUGGAGGUGAGUGUGGUUGUGCAGCCACUCUAUGACCAUGUACCGUCUCCACGUUUACAUUGAGCUAAUAGACUGCUGUUCUGUGUUCAGUGCUGGGCUAGUUCUCUUUUUUUUCAGACACACACACACACAAAAACAUUCGUGCCCAUCAAGAUCUAGGAGAUUCACCAUUUUUUUUUUAUUUAGUUUAUAUUUUUUGCUUUCUUUUUCUGUCUUUAAAUUUUAAAAAAAUAUAUUAAAAAAGUACUUUUAGACGUGCAACACCUCAAUGUGUCACUGAUGUUCAGCUCUGUGUGACGGCACACAAGUUUUAUUUCCUUUCUUUUUUUUUCAAAAAUAAAAGUGGAUGUGAUCAUUUCAUAUUCAUGUACCCCGUAAAACUGCAUGGAACCAUAACAUUUUUAAUAAAUUAUUGCAAAAACUGGUUUAUUAAUAAAAUGAAAAAAAAAAAAUGA